AUGUCCGACGACUCGGCGCCAUUGGCGUCCUUUUCUCUCACACAUGUGCACUAUGACCCCAACGAUCCCGUCUCUUACCUAUGCGCGUUCCUUGCUCUAGUCCCACAAGGUCUAUGUGUCGUCUACGCGACCCUGAUAUGGUCGACACGCGAGGUCGAGAUUGGUCUCAUGUUUGCCGGUCAACUGGCCUGCGAGGCUUUGAACUUUGCCCUGAAGCGUCUGAUCAAGGAGGAACGACCGAGACGAAUGAAUGGGAAGGGCUACGGGAUGCCGAGCAGUCACGCGCAGUUUGUGGCCUUCUUCGCCGUUAGUUUGACGUUGUUCCUCGUCUUCAGACAUAAGCCAGCAUAUCACAACCGCAGAAGAAACCACACUGGGUUGACUAUGGUCGAGAGAGUGUUUUGGAGUGUGAUGGGACUGGGCAUGGCUGCCGCCGUGGCCUGGAGCAGGAUCUACUUGAACUACCACACGCAAAAGCAAGUUUUGGUUGGAAGUGCCGCGGGCACAGUCAGUGCCAUUGCCUGGUUUGUUCUCACUACUAUCCUAAGGAGGACUGGCUGGCUCUCCUGGGGUAUCUCGCACCCGAUUGCCCAGUUCUUCAGAGUCAGAGACUUGGUGGUGGAAGAAGACUUGUGCCAAGCAGGAUGGGAGAAAUGGGAUGACAAAAUGGAGCUGUUGAAAGCUCGCGAGAAGAAGACAUCGUGA